UAGAGUAACCAGCAGCCCGCCUUGCCUGGACAGUGAUCCCAGAGGCGCCUGCGCCUCCGCUGUACGGCAGAGUCCAUGCAAAGAUGGCCGCGCCCACAAGCAAUCUCCGCAGGGCACCGCCAUCGAAGCCGCGGGACCCUCUGAAGCGGCGCUCGGGGUGGCCGCCAUGUCGGCCUCUGACUCCAACCAGGUCCUGACAAAGCCAGAGGCGCUGGGCCAGAGGAGUGCGGGAACAGCCGACAAGGCCAGGAGUCCGAGGGAGAUGGCUGCAUCCGAGCCUGCGGACAGCGAUGCGAAGGAAUGGGAGCAGCUGGAAGCUGUGCAGAGGAGCUUAUGCAAUGAUACAAUGCUAGAGAGCUGCAGCAAUCCAGCCUCAAUGGGAGAUCAAGAUCCCAAAGAAGGUAUGAUCUCUAAGUUAAAAAAAGAAGAGUCAUCGUUGGGAGAGGCGAAAACACCCAACCCAAGUAGUGUGAACAAAACAGCACGGCCCAAGAAAGCAGGAGCCAAUGCAAAAGUUCAACAAGAUGAUGAGAAGAUAGAGGAAAAGCAGAAAUCUCAAGGCAAACGCAUUAAGGAAACUACAUUUGAGAAGGAAAGUUCAGCCAGCAACAAAAGCAGUGAGUGUGGUUUGUUGGAAGAAAAAACGGUCAGUACAAAACAUUUUCCUUCAAAAAAGAAGCUUCUGAAAUCCGAUUCACAUGCAAAGAACUUGAAGCAGAAUUUAGACUUUACUGGUGAGAUUAAAAACUUCACAAAAAAGAAACCUGAUUCAGCGAAAGAAUAUAGGAAAUCAUUGAGCCAUACCAUAUCUGAUACAAAGAAAGACAUUCUAGCUAGAAAGAAAUGUGAGAAAAUACCCAACAAAAACUCACAUGGUAAAAGUGACAAAUAUCAAACUGGCAAGAGAUACGAGAAAGUGUACCAUCAAAACUCAUCCCAUGCUAAAGAAGACAAAAGCUGGUCUGGACAGAAACAGAAAUCAUCUAGCCGUAGUUCAUCUACUAAGCCUGACAAAUCUCCAGCUUCUGGAAAACCCUAUGAAUGCAAUCAGUGUGGGAAGGUCCUCAGCCAUAAACAAGGACUCAUUGACCAUCAAAGAACUCAUACCGGGGAGAAACCAUAUGAAUGUAAUGAGUGUGGGAUAGCUUUUAGCCAGAAGUCCCACCUUGUCGUACAUCAGAGAACUCACACCGGAGAAAAACCAUAUGAGUGUGCCCAGUGUGGCAAAGCUCAUGGUCAUAAACACGCCCUCACUGACCAUCUAAGAAUUCAUACUGGAGAAAAGCCCUAUGAAUGUAAUGAGUGUGGGAAGACCUUUAGACACAGCUCAAACCUUAUGCAACAUGUAAGAUCUCACACAGGCGAAAAGCCUUAUGAGUGUAAGGAAUGUGGCAAAUCCUUUAGGUAUAAUUCAUCUCUUACUGAACAUGUGAGAACGCACACAGGUGAAAUACCAUAUGAGUGUAAUGAAUGUGGCAAAGCUUUCAAGUACAGUUCAUCCCUGACUAAACACAUGCGAAUUCAUACUGGUGAGAAACCAUUUGAAUGUACUGAAUGUGGGAAGACUUUUAGCAAAAAGUCACACCUGGUUAUACAUCAAAGGACUCAUACAAAGGAGAAACCUUAUAAAUGUGAUGAGUGUGGGAAAGCCUUUGGACACAGUUCAUCUCUCACUUACCAUAUGAGGACUCACACAGGCGACUGUCCCUUUGAAUGCAAUCAAUGUGGGAAAGCCUUCAAGCAAAUCGAAGGCCUGACCCAACACCAGAGAGUUCACACCGGGGAGAAACCCUAUGAAUGUGCUGAGUGUGGGAAAGCCUUUAGUCAAAAGUCACACCUCAUUGUCCAUCAGAGAACUCACACCGGGGAGAAACCCUUUGAAUGUUAUGAAUGCGGGAAAGCCUUCAGUGCAAAAUCACAACUUGUUAUACAUCAGAGAUCCCACACUGGAGAGAAACCCUAUGAGUGUAACGAAUGUGGCAAAGCCUUCAAGCAGAAUGCCUCUCUUACCAAACAUAUGAAAGUUCACUCCGAAGAGCAGUCUCAUGGGGAAAAUUAAUGUAGGAAAUCUCACAACCAACUGCUUUGGUCUUGUUUAACUUUAAAAGAUGUUCUCGACUUGAUGAAGUUAGAAAAUCUUUUUAGGAAACCAUUCCUUAUAUAUGAGAGAAUUUGAAUAUGGAUCUUUACAUAAGAGUGAUGGAUGGUAAUAAAACUUAAGCCUGAUCCUAAACCUUUACAAAAAUACUGUAUUUUACAGUUGUUAUAAAUUAUCUCCACAUUUAGAACAAAAUGUGAAACUUUAAAAGUUGUGGAUAAGGACCUGGGGAGAUAGCUAAAUCAGUAAAAUUCUUCCUAAGCAAGUGUAAGGACCUGAAUUCCAUCCAUAAGAUCCAUGUAAAAAGCUAGAUGUGGUGGGGAAGUUGAGACAGGAGAGUCCCUGAGACUAGCUGACCAGCUGCACUAGCCUAAUCUGCAAGCCCUGUGUCACAGGGAGAAACUCUUUUAAAACAAGGCACAGGGCUCCAGAGGAACAAUACUCAAGGUUGACAUUUGGCCUGCACAUGUGCACCCACACACAUGACAACACACACACACACACACACACACACACACACACACACACACACACACACUGUGGGAUAAUAUUAUUACAGCAACAAAUGAACAAUAAAAUCUGCCAACAAUUCAUUAAGCAUUUGGGUGUUGUGUACUUGAGCAAAACAGUCAAUAUUUAAUCUGUGUUUAUGCUUAUUGCAUACUUACUGCCUUGUGUAAAAGAGUAGUCAUCCCCUAUGGUAUUGUCCUGUUUUCUUUGUUAGUGUUUGUGUUAGCUCUAAAUCAGUAGAAAACUUUCUGGGUUUUUGAGACAGCAUCUCACUGUGUAGCCCUGGCUAGCCAGGAACUUGCUAUGUAGACCAGAAUGGCCUUGAACUAACAGAGAUGUGCCCAUCUCUGCCUCCCAAGUGCUGUGAAUUAAAGGAUCAAAUAGAAAAUUUUAAGGGGUUUUGUCUAGAUGUUCUUAAGAAAAACUGAAAAAAAAAUGUGCUGGUAGAGGAUGAUACUCAAGUUAGAUUGUGAAAUAUAGAAAGAAAAGUGGAUUGUUGGACACUGUAUAUAGUAUGUUGUCAUUGUGAACAGAGUGUGUGUGUUUGCCUGUCUUUUUCUGCCUCUCUGUGUACAUACUCAUAUAUUUGUAUAUGAAUAGACUUGUGUUUUUUUAAUCUAGAGGAAAUUUUAGUGUUUAGCACUGAACCCAGAAGUACAGGAUCAAGGUCUGGCAUUCUUAUCAUGUACAUGUGUCUUAUUGAAAUAUAUAUUAAAAUACUUUUAUAUGCACAAAUGAACACAGUUUAUAAAUACAGCUGAGUCUCUCCAACAGUAUUGUUUGACAAAGUAACAUGAGAUUUUUAUGCCCAUUUAUGUACAAUGAAUUUGAGGUAUAUGGCACUAAACCUUGAUAU